CAGAAACAUACGAGAUUUAAAGAGACCAGAACAUCUGGAAACAGUACCUCAACCAGAGCUGGCAGAUGUUCUCACAUUAACAGUCAGAGGUCAUGUUUGAGAAUGAAUUCUGAUGAGGCGUCCUGCUGUUUCUCUGAUCCAGCUGCAGUGAACAGCUGCGACCAGCAGGGGGCGUCACACACUCAUGAACACAUGAGCGCAGCUGUGAUAGGACACAAAGCAAAGACAAUACACCAACAAUAUCAGACGACUGACGUCACCAUGACGACAAUAAUCAAUAAAAACCACAAUCUGAACUCGUGUCCAAGAAGAACCAGUAACAGGAGACAGAGACAGGAUGUGGACAAAGGAACAAAAAGGUCAAUAAUCACUGAUGUAUUCACUCCUGUUGUUAAAUUAUAAACAUAAAUAAUAACAAUAAUCUAUAUCCUGUCAAUACCUCAGUCCAAACCACAGGAAGUAAAGAGUCAGAAGACAAACAGACACAUCCACAGUUAAUAAACACUUCCACAUUAUUCAUUAAUAUUCAUCAGUGUAGUAGGAGCAGAAACACCUGAGAACCAGCUGACAUCAGGUGAACUGAUCACAUGAUCAGGUGUCCUCCAGAUCAGACCAACAUGUGACUGUUGUGUCAUGUGAUAAUUUCAUGUGUUUUUCACUCUGAUUAUUUGGAUUAUUAAAAUGAUUUAUAUUGAAUAUUAAACUGUGGAUCUUAAAACUCUGAUAUUGUUUCCUUUGACUUCAUGGUGUUUCAUAAAUAUAAAUUAAAUAUAAUAUAUACAGACGAGACGUUUCCUAGAACUGAAAUUAAAAUAAAUUAAAAUAUAAUUCAACUCUAUACUAAUAUAUAAUUAUUUUCUGCUUUCAGAGAAUCGUAGUAAAAAAAAUAAUUGAUGCAAAGUUUAAAUGAUUUAAAGAUAAAUCGUGUAUUUUGUAAAUAUAAUAUUUUAUCAUGUUUCAGUCACAGUAACUAAAGAGAGAGAAGCUGCUGUAAGUUGAUCAUGUGACACGUGUGCAGACGUCACAUGAUGUCUCUCAGUGAAAUGUAAAACUCCACAUGUUUCUGUUGCUGUGCUGCACAUUAGAGAGUUUAUGCUUUUAUUGUGAAACACGUUCCAACUUUUGUUUUGAAAGGCUCCACAUAAACAUCCACACCUGUAGUUAAAGGUGAGAACAGAAGUUUCCACUGUGUUUCUGUCAUUGAUCACUGAUCAGGUAUCAGUAUCAGGUCCUCAUCCUCCAGGAUCUGGAUCUGGUCUUUAGAGGGACUCAGAGUCCAGAUCCAGUUUGAAGACAGGAAGUGUUGAUGAUGGACAGACAGAAACCCUCAGUGAGGUUUCAUUAAUCCAUCAGAGGAGAUCAAUACAUCUGACAGGUAUUCUCUUUAAUAAUCAAUCGAUUGCUCCCGCCAUUCUUCCUCAGACACAAAGAUGGUGGUGAGUUCACUGUCACAGAAAACUGAGGAAUCGGAAAAUACUCUCAUGUGAGCAGCUGCUAUCUGUGAGUUUAUGACGUCAGAAUUGUUGCCAUUGAUUAUUGAUUCAUUGAUCAGUUGAUCCUGUUGGGUUCUGGUUCUGUGGUCGGUUCACAGAGCACAUGCUGUAAUGGUGAUGAAGAUGAAGAUGAAGAGGAGCAGGAGCAGUGGGGGGGAGGGGGAGGACCCGUGUGUGUCUCCAUGCAGCCUCCGGAGCGCAGGGCGGGGCGACGCCGCGCAGCAGCAGCAGCUUCAUCACCGCUGACCGACACCGACCUCCUGCUCGUCUCCAGGCCGCGGCAUGGACCCCGGAGCCCGGCCUGCUUCCUCUGAAUCACAGCGGGUCCGGUUCGAGCUGCGGUCCGUUCGGCUGAUGGUGACGACGAUGAUGAUGGUAACAGUGCUGAUGAAGAUGAUGAUGGCGGUGUGCAGUUAGAGCUGCGGAGCGGAAACUGAGCGCAGACUGAGCGGGAGCAUCGCGCUCCGAUGCAGCAGAAAAAUCGCCAUUGUUUGGAUGCGCCGCAGCCCGAGAGGAAGAACCCGGAGCUCCGUGAAACCGUGUGACCGACAGACACCAUGCUUUCCCCGCUGCUCCCCGCGCUCUGCCUGCUCUGCUUUGUCCAGAGAUCGUUGACCUUCCUCGUCUCCGUGAACGACGACGGUUUGAUCGUGGCGGCUCUGGAGCACUCAGACCUGCAGGAGAACGUGACGGCCUACGCUGCCCAGGUCUCUGGAGAACCCAGACUGACCCUGGUCCAAUUUGUGAACUCCAGCGAGCCGCUGCUCUUCAACACGUCCUUCCACGGUCUCUGCUACACUGUGGGACUGCUGGUCAAACUGGGACAGAGCUGGUCCAGACCAGUCAAGACCGUGCCCGUCCUCACCAAGCCCCUCCCCGUCCGCAGUGUUCAGAUAUCGGACUAUAAAGAGUCUCCAGAGACAGGUGUGGUGUUUGAGAUCGAGCCUCCGGCAGGAAACGUCUUCAGCAGAGUCAACAUCAGCUUCAGUGAGGGACAGGAGCGACGCUCCAUGCUCUAUAAAGACUUCUACAAAGGGAAGACGGUGUUCAAACACUGGUUACCGGGGGUGUGUUACCGGAACAUCACCUUCCAGCUGAUCUCUGAGGCCACCGUGUACCAGACUGCUCUGGUUGCACACAGUGACAUCACACACACACCUGUUCACCACAGGACAGUCCCCUACCCCCCCCUCAACAUUUCCAGUAAGAUCGUUCACCUGAGCCAGAGGGCGGGUCCAGGUGAGGCCCCCAACACAGUCCCUCCUGAGGGGAACCAGGAGAGUGGGCGGGGCUCCCGUCGAGCCCGGGACGUCCCGCUGAUGGAGGAGCAGGAGGAGGAGAUGCACACUGACGACAACUCUGAGGAGGCGGCAGGAGUUUCCACCCAGAUUGCCUUCAACCCCCCGCAGAACCUGACGGGGCCCACCGCCGCCCCCGACCUGACCCCCAACCAGACUGCGGAGACUCAGAACUACUGGCUGGACCCCACUGACCCGUCUCCUGCCGACAGGGAGGAUGAGUUCGUCAACGCCGUGGUGUCGGAGUACGAGGACUCCAAUGAGCCGGGGUCAGCCAUGGGUCUCCCCUCCGACCCCCCCGUCCUGCCCACCAGACUGCCCCCCAUCCUGCUGGAGCUGCGCUGGCUGCCCCCCAGACCCCCCACCAGCUACGACGGCUUCAACAUCUACAUCUACAGAGACGGGAAUUCGACAGAAACAGCGACUGUGGAUGAAAACACUCAUGAGUUCUUCACUGAACUCACGGAACAAGGAACGUACCGAGUCCAGGUCGCCACCCUGAGCUCAUCUGGAGACUGUGAGGCCAGAGAGAGCGCCGCCGACACCGGGUUCACCUUCUACCUCGGUCCUGGUGGCGAGCUGCUGGAGGAGCUGAGGGAGCGUCCUCAGGCCGUCAGCGUCCGGCUGCUGGACUCCAGCACCGCCGCCGUGUCCUGGGCCUCGUCCUCCGAGAGCCACAACGGCAGCCUGGUGUCAGUGGUCUCUACGACCUGCCUGAGACCCAGUCUGAGCCAGAGGAUGGAGAACACCUACUGCAGCGAGGAGAACUCGACGAGUGACGUCAUCUCUAACCUGACCCCCGGCGCUCAGUACAGGGUGGUGGUCUAUCACACCAACGGACCCCUGAUCAGUCCUCCGUCUGAGCCCGUCAUCAUCGACAUAGAGCCCACUGGCGUGCGGGAGCUGGCUGUUUACCCUCUCAGUCCCACGGCGGUCAUCCUCAGCUGGCAGCGUCCGUACCACGUGGCGUUCAGGAAGUACGUCCUGCAGACCUUCUUCUUCAACCCCGUCACUCUGGCCUCGGAGUGGACCACCUACUACGAGAUUGCCGCCACCGCUUCCAUCAUCGCCUCCGUGAGAGUCACUGACCUGCUGCCCGCCUGGUAUUAUAAUUUCCGUGUUUCCAUGGUGACGUGGGGCGACCCGCCACUCAGCUGCUGCGACAGCUCCACUGUGAGCUUCGUCACAGCCCCGGAGGCUCCUCACAUCUCCUCGGUGGAUUACUCUCAUGGCGUUCUGUAUGUUCGUUGGACGUACGGUGAACUGUUCAUCGACCUGUCACACUCCAGGAUGCUGCACUGGCAGGUGGUCGCCGUCGGCAAGAAGGGACCAGAGAAGAGCUACUCCAUCGAUGUGACUCGUAACGCGAUGCGGGCCAGCCUCCCUCUGCCUCCAGGUGACAUCUACAACCUGACGGUGACGGCGUGCACCGAGCGCAGCAGGAACACCUCCAUGCCCAACAUCAUCAAGCUAGAACCGGCUCCUCCCAGGUCUCUGUACGCCGUCAACGCCACGCACUCGUCCGUGACUCUGCUGUGGACCGAGGAGGGAGUGGUCGACUACUACCAGGUCCUGUGUCGACCCAACAAGGCCAGCAAGGAGCUCAAGGCCCGGGAGCCUCAGGUGUCCAGCUCUCACGUGGUGACGGUUUCUGGUUUGAUGCCCUCGUCUUCCUACAACUGCACCGUCACCAGCUUCAGCUACAGCACGCCCAGCAAACCUGCUCACAUCAGCAUCUCCACCACAGCUAAAGAGAUGAACCCCAGCGUGGCGGCGAUCUCGGCUCUGGCCGUCCUCAGCAUCCUGCUCAUCAGCCUGCUCGUCCUCUUCCUGCUCGUUCUCCGUAAGAAACACCUGCAGAUGACCAGAGAGUGUGGAGCUGAGACCUUCGUCAACUUCGCUUCGUUUGAAAGAGACGGGAAACUUCCUUACAACUGGCGAAGAAGCCUCUUUGCCUUCCUUACCCUACUGCCAUCCUGCCUUUGGACUGACUAUCUUUUGGCUUUUUAUAUUAAUCCUUGGAGCAAGACAGCUUUAAAGAAACGGAAGCUAACAAGUCCGGUGCAGCUCGACGACUUCGACGCCUACUUCAAAGAAAUGAGCAAAGACUCCGCCUACAAGUUCUCUCUGCAGUUUGAGGAGCUGAAGAGCGUCGGCCUUGAUCUUUCCCAUGAUGCAGCUGACCUGCCCGUCAACAGACCCAAGAACAGAUACACCAACAUCCUCCCCUACGACUUCAGUCGAGUGAAGCUGAUCUCGAUGCACAACGAUGAAGGUUCAGACUACAUCAACGCCAACUACAUACCUGGAUACAAACAUGCUAAAGAGUACAUCGCCACUCAGGGUCCUCUGCCCGAGACCCGUAAUGAUUUCUGGAGGAUGGUUCUGCAGCAGAAGUCUCCCAUCAUCGUCAUGCUCACUCAGUGUAACGAGCGACGGAGGGUGAAGUGCGAUCACUACUGGCCGUUCACAGACGAGCCGGUGAUGUACGGAGAGAUCAGUGUGGAGAUGCUCUCUGAGUCCGAGGCUCCAGAGUGGACCAUCAGGAAGUUCAGACUGGGAUAUGCCGACGAGACUCAGGACGUCCUCCACCUGAACUACACCUCGUGGCCGGAUCACGGCGUCCCAACGGUCAACGCCAUCGAGAGCAUCCUGCAGUUCGUCCACAUCGUCCGUCAGCAGGCCAACAGGACCAAAGACCCCAUCGUAGUCCACUGCAGUGCUGGAGUGGGCAGGACCGGGACCUUCAUCGCUCUGGAUCGUCUCAUGCAGCACAUCAGAGAGCACGAGUUCGCCGAUAUCCUGGGGAUGGUGUCAGAGAUGAGGUCACACCGUCUGUCCAUGGUCCAGACCGAGGAGCAGUACGUGUUCAUCCACCAGUGCGUCCUGUUGAUGUGGCAGAAGAAGAAGCAGCAGUCCAUCACCUCUGAUGUCAUCUACGAGAACGCCAGCAAGACAUAAUGAUGAGAGUCCUCCAGACGCUGUGAACACGCCCGACCUCCUGUGCUUCAGGCAUCCAUUCUCUGCAGAAGAAGAUUCGCUUCAUCAUCAGUAUCAAAAAUAAAACAAACAUCUCAACGACGCCAGAGGAAAAAAUGGAUCCAGUUUUUUGUUUGAAUUAGUGUUAAAGCUCGGGGGACGGAGUUCUGCCUUAAGGAGCCUUCACUGACUGACCGACAUGUUCGACCACGACCCGCCCUCUGAACUGGACUGACUCACGUCAACGUGGGGCGGGGGGAGCGUUUACCGGCUCCGUCUGCUGAUUGGACGUCUGCGCUGUGUCCGUCCUCGUUCAGAUGACGAGUGGGUGGAGCUGAGUCAGCAGUUUCUCAUUUUAUUUAUGUUUUUAAUCUCAGGAGUCGCUGAAAAACCAGCAAGCACAUCGGCCUCUUCCUCCUCCUCCUCCUCCUCCUCCUCAUUGGUUAGUCUGUGUGUUCACCUCCUGCAGCUGCAGCCGUCCUGGUUGUAGAUACAACGUCACACACUGCCAACACACAAACACUGGACUGAAACAUGUCGACGAUUAAACUCCAACAGCGCUAACAUGCUAACGAGCUGCCAGGACCGCUGCACAGGAAACACUCACUGAAUCAACCCAGCAGGCGUUCGACAGAAGGUCGAGUUUGGACCAACGAUGAGCACAAAGUUUAAAGUCUCCACAUGCUGACGCUGCUUUUUAAUUUGUGAAUUAUUUGCUGUUUUUUAAUCAAACACUAAAAACGACUAAAAAUGUUUUGGAGGAACUUCCUGUUUCAGUCCAGGGUGAAGACGCCAACACUGACAAAAAAUAUCUUGGAGGUGAAAUCACCUUUUAGUUUGAACUUGCUGAAAGUUUCAGAUUUAAAGCAGCAGAAGAAGAAAACUUUGUCCUGGUUUCUCUGAACGCAUCGACACGUUUUUAUUUGGUCGAAUCAACGUCGAACACGUGAAUGUUUGCUGGUCUGCACAAAACUAAAGGGCACAAAACAGUGGAGGGGAACGGACGCCUUUCUGUGGAGCGCCGCCGUCCCGCCAUCAGAGGCCAGUUUAGAGACUGUGGUCGUAGAGCUGUAGUUUGUAUUUGCACUGAGGACUCGGAGCUGCCGACUGAAGAAGGGAAGAGUUUCUGUUCAGACGCGUCGCUCCACGUCCGUCCUCUGCUCUGAUGAAGGACGAGAGGUUUGUGAACAAUCAGCAGAGAAAUGAUCGUAUCUGACGUCGCUCACCUGGAGACGGUGAACUGCCAAAACCACUAAGACGUGACAUCAACACCUGAGAUCAGGUUUCCCGCUCUGAUUCUGAAGGCGGGAAAUGACAGAAACAUAUCUACUCAUCAUCUCUGGAGCCGUUCAGGGGCCCAGACAUCAUUUCUGUUCUCAGUCAAAAUAUCAACAUGUAAACACUUAAUAUCAAUUUAAUAAAACUCUGUCAAACACACAGAAAACAAAACGUUUACAUUUUCACUUUGAGACACAUUCACUGAUUUUGUUGCAGCGCCCUCAUUUUUUUAUUUUUUGUUAUGAUCAAAAAUUUGUUUCCACAGCAAAAAUAUUUAAUCCUCAGACACUAUUCUAAACUUCAAAUUUAAUAUUUCUCUACACUUUUCAGGUAAUUUCUGAAAGUGAAUGGUGAAAGUAACAAAUUGGUUUAUUUCCCACAUUAUACAGCUGAAUUGAUUUUAAAUAAAAAUCUAUCAAUUUAUUUAGACACACACAUAUCAUUUCAUUCACAAUAUUUGAAAUAAUUCCCCAAAUACCAAUAAAGUGACCAUAAAAUUCAUGUUCAAACUUUAUUUAUAUAGUUUGUCCUACAUUUACAUUGGAAAUGAAAAUUUUAAUAUUGAGCCCAAAUUUGCUUUUACAAAAUUUGGGCUAAUCAUCAGUCCCACUGUUUCUAAUCUGUAAUGUGUUAAAUGCAACAACACGGUUGUGGCAUCAGAAAUAUUCAAAUCUGUGACCUUAACAUUUUUAUAAUGCUGCUACAUUUAGGUCAUAAACCCAAAAUGUGUUAUUGCACUGCUAACUAAAUUAUUUUUAUCUCCUAUAUUUUGUGAAUUAAUCUUCCAAAAGAAUCUAUAUUGAAAUAUGUCGUAGUGACCUCAGAAAUGAUGUAAUAAACACCAGAUUGUGAUAUUGAUUUUGAUGCAGAGCCUGUAAAUGAGAGUCUGGGUGUGAUUCUCUCACAUUGUUGGACAGUUAAUGAAAUUUUUGGGCGUCGUAACAGAAUCAGUGAGUGUGAUAUUAAAAAUAAACAGAAACAUAUUAGAGUUUACACUGGGUUUUUCUGGGGCCCCUAGUGGCCCCUGGUUUGAUCCCGGCUCGGGUCAGCUCUCCACGUCUGUCUUGAACUCACGACUUCUGUACAGAAACUAGUCGUGAAGCCGUUCGUCUGCUCGUUCAUCAUAUCAGAGUUAUUAACGAUGAUUUGUCAUUUUCCAUCUUUCUACUGAAGAUUUGACUGAAGGCCAAAAGAAAACUCACAUCUGUCACUUCCUGUUGACUGUAGAGAAUGUCUACUGAACAGACGAGUGGUCGACCUUUAACCUUUUACACUCCAUUCAGGAUGUACAGGGUGUCGUCAAAAUAAGAGCACAGCACAACACCGUUCCCUUCAGUCCAAUAUAAAAUACAUUUUCCUACAUUUAUGGUGUUUGUUUUAAAUGCACAUUAUAAAUAAACUUGAUUUGAUUGAUUUAAACAGAUAAGAUUUAGUUCUGACACCAGCGUUUACUCAGCACCUCAGUAAACGCUGUUAGACUUUUCUGUAGAAAUAGUUUUACUUUGGAAAUACAGUUUCCUACAAAAACUAUUUUGUUUUAGUCAAAUUUUGAUAAAGUUUUGCUUUAAUUGACUAAUUUCUCCAAUAGAUCAGUGUUUAAUAAAAUACAGUAUUAAAUUGUAUAAUACUAUUAGUACAUUAAAUUAAGAUUUUAAGAAAUACAUUCAUACAAUUAUAAUUUUAAUCUCAAAAUUUGAUAUAACAUCCCCAAUUAUUAAAAUAUUGUAUUACACCCCUCAAAGUUUUUAUAAAUGCACAUUUUUUUAUCAAACUCUCCAACUUAAUUCUAAUUUUAAAAAACUGGUUUGGAACCCAAAGUAGUAAAAUUUUAAUAAAAGAAAAAGCUGUUUCGUUAUUUUGACGACACCUUGUUUGUAAUUUGUAGAAAAUUUUAAUUAACGAAUGUUUGUAAAGAAGUCGUCUGACACGUCAGUGUUGACCUGUGAAAUGAUUCGUCCUUGUUGCCUUGCGGUUCAAACACCUGAAGUCUGUACCUGUUCUCUGUCUCGGACCCUCAGAGGUUCGGUACUUUGGUCGCCACUCGAUCUGAACUAGGUUUCAUUUCACUAUUAGAUAUCAAAUGUACUGUACAUACUACUACUGCUUAACUAUUCUGUUUCUACUCGUCAUUACAAAGUAAUUCUUGUGGAAAUGUUGCUUUAGAGGUUUGUUUUUUAAAAGUUGUUGUAUAUGUGAAUCAUCAUUACCUGAGCCAGAAGCUUCGUUCUCUCAUCACUACAAUGGUUCGGGUUCUCGGGGCGUCAGCGUCGACGUGAACGGACAAACACGUGUUUGGAGAACUUGUCUGUGGCCGGAGAAACACUCUUUGGUUCAACUGUCACAAGAAAAAAGAAAAAAAGAGAAUAAAAACUGACAGACGACCUGCAGACAAUGUCCUGACGCUCAGCACUGUACACUCUUCUACAAUUCUUUCUCUUGCUUAGUGUGUGUCCAGUCAAACUUGUACGUCAUUGGUGCCAUUCUUGUGCAUUGUGUCACUUAAAAUUUGAGGGAUGAUCCUGAACUCGGAUCAUCAUCACAGAGUUUUAAUGUGUGUGUGUUGGAACAAAAUAAAAUGUUGCAGUUA